AUGGAGCUCAGCCACUCCACCACAUCCCAGGCACCCCCUUACCAAGCUACCUCAAAAGGGCUCUGGGCAAACAAACACUUGCCUGCGGGAAGGCUAAUCCUCUCCGAAACCCCCAUUCUCGAAAUCGCCACCAUCUCACCAGGCCGGUCAAACAGCACUCCUACCCCCGCACUCGCCCAAGUCCCCGAGAUAUUCACAAAUUCCCAGAACCAAGACAUCCCCGCACCCCUCCACUCUGCAGGACUGGCAGGGACCCAACUAGGGCUCGGUCAAGCACACCUUGUCCGAGCAACGAUUCGAGGAGGCAACCUCGUCGGCGAGUCCACCUGGGUGCUCCCGAGACUGGUUUCGAGAAUAAAGCAUAGCUGCCUUCCCAAUGCAGUGAGUAUAUAUUCCUCGUCACCAACGCCGCGUCUGCAGAUAAUCGCCAUGCGUCCGAUACUACCGAAUGAGGAGAUCACUAUUAGCUACUACCUCCCGACCGUGCUGAUGAGUGAUGUUGGAGAAAGGAGGGGGGCAAUUUGGAAAGUGUUUGGGUUUGUUUGCUAUUGUGCUCGAUGCAGGCUCGAGGACAGGCCGCAUACAGUCGGGGUUGGAGGGGUAAGGGGGUGGUAUGGGUAUUUGCGGGAUGUGCGGCUGUGGAUUACUGAAGGGCAGGGCCUCGGGGUAAUGGAUGAUGAAUUGAAUGGAAGGGGGUGA